AUGUCUGAGAAAAAAUACACUCACAGGUCUACACAUUGGUUCGUUCGAAAUGCAGAUGAUUUUUUGACGUUGAAUUAUGAAACAUGGCUAAUACGAGAGUUUCAGUCGGAACUACCUCCAAGAAGCUCAGAAGAAGCGUAUAACAGAUGGUCACGUGGAAUAAUAGAAGCUAAAAAUCACGUAAAAACUGUAUCCGAGCUCCAUAAUUUGGAAAAAGCCGAAACUGACACACGGUUACUGGGUAAAAAGCGUGAUCGUCUAUUUAAAUCAAUUUCAAAAAAGCGCCAAAACAAAUAUUUGCAUGCGAAAGUACAAUGGAAGAAGGAUUUUAAAAGGAACAUAGAGGAAAUGCAGAAAGCAAUGAAACAAGCCAGUUGGAUGAGUAAAGACGAACAACACAAAGUCAAACAAGUUGUUGAUGCGUUCAUCAAGACAAAGUUAGAACGUCUUCAUUUUACAUCACCCAGUGUUAUCGGAGUACUGGAUACUACAAAUUCGCAUGAUCCAACAUUCAGUCUUCUCAGUUCCAAAGAUCGCACAUAUUUUAAAAAGGUUAUGAUCGAAGAUACUGUAUUUUCCAUUGUAGACAAACUAGUUCAGUUUUUCGUAAAAACAUAUAAAAAUAUAAACUGGGAGUUUUGUCACGAUGUGCCUUUCGUAGUGCCUGAAGAUCUUCAAGGUCAUGUGUCAAAACAAGAUGAACCUUAUGCCUUUGCACUAACAUCAGUACAAUUUAGUCGACACUUCUGGCGUAAUGAAAAACAUCCGGGUCAUGAUAUGGACAAGAGAAAUCCACCUGAAAACCAUAUUACUGUCACACAGACAGGUCAUUUGAUUGAUGAGCUUUUUUUCGGUCUUGACGCACCAUAUAUUUUAACAUGGGGUGAUGAAACGUCAGAGGCAAGCGCCGAACGGAUUCAUAAAGAAAAUAAUAGGAAUGGACGUAUACCUGAUUUUCGUUUGCGAGUUGUUAUUCCAAAGAGAAAAGUUGAAAUCAUGGUUGGCGAAAGUUGUCGAAAUGGUGCUGAUGAAAAUAAAGUAACAGGAGAUCGUGAAAAAAUGAUAAGAAUGAUGAAGGAUGUUAAAGAACGACUAGAAAGGGAGUUAGUCAAUUACAAAACCAUAGACAUUAAUCGUGAGAUCAGAGAACAAUAUAGCGACAUAGAUCUAUUCGCUAUUCAAUCAAUUGGUUACACCAAACUUGCCUUGUUUACAUUUGAUUUGGUAGGCGGGAUAUUUUAUCGUUUACGAAAAUUCGCGGUUGUUUCUAUCCCCUUUUCACCAUCUCAAGCAGAAGAUGUGGAAAACUUUAUAUUUACAUUACUCAAGUUUCGGUUUGCUGUCAAUAGAUCCGCGACUAAGAUUAUUAAGAUUAAUGAAACUGUAAGAAAGCGUCGAAAAGAACUGUAUUCAAUUAUUAGCAACACAUCUGAAUAUCGCCAGAUGCUUCCAAAUUAUGUUACACCGCUUUCACCUCCACAUGAUUGA